CUAUUUCUUCUCAAUUAUCUUAUUUAAGAAUAAAUUUACAAAAUUAUGCAAAAAUGAAUGAACAAGAAAAAGAUAAAUUUAAAAGAUUAUAUGUAUUAGCAGCUCUAGGGUUGAUAGCAAAAUUAAAAUUAAUUUUAUUUUUUUCAACAUAUGUAAAUUCAAGAGAUGACACAAGUAAUAGUAAAUCCUUUCCUAUAAUAAAUGAAAAUACAUAUCCUUCACAAUUAUCUCAUAAUAUGGAAAAUAAUUAUGACAUGACCAUUUCAUUAAAUAUGAGCAACAAUAAUAAUAUUAAUAGUAACAAUAAUAAUAUAACCUGUAAUAAUAAUAAUA